AUGGACGCGGAGGUUCAAGCGUCGGGGCGACUGAUGAAGGGCGUCGCGCGGAGGAGCGUGACGAGGCGGCAGAACCUGGAAGGGAGGGGGGUGCGGGAGAGGCGUCGAUGGGUGGCGCGGGGAGGGGGGGAAGGGGAGGGCGAGAAGGCGGAGGGCGGGGAUGGCGGGAGGGCAGGGGAGGAGGAAGGAGGGCAGUAUCGACGAAAACGGGUGGCGUUCAUCUACGGCAAUUACAAGCACUACUACGGCUACAGGGUAGGAGCAGCGUUUGAGGAGGACCCGAGGGUGCGGUGGAUGAGGCGGGAUUGGUUUGACGGCCGUGACUGUGUGGACGUCGGCUGCAACUCUGGCUUCGUCUCCAUCGGCCUCGUGCGGCAGUUCAACGUCAAGUCCAUGCUUGGCAUCGACAUCGAUCAAGAUUUGAUCAAGGAAGCAAGGAGGCAGUGGGGCAGCGUGGUGCGGGCAGAGAAGGAGAAGGAGAGGGAGGACAGGGAGAAGGGGGGGGGGAAGGAGAGGGACGAGAGUGAGAAGCAGCAAUUGGAGUCACGGGAUAGGCCAAGGGGCGAGAAGCGGGAGAGGCCGGAUGAUGGGGGGGCGGUGGGUGAUCAGGCAGAUGGGGCAAAGCGAGGUAGCGCUUCCACCUGCUGCGAUGUUGCUGCUGCUCGGGACAAUGGAGGCGCCAUGCCCCUGGGGAUGCCUGUUGAGAUGCCCACCGGCAUGGCCAUGGGGAUGGCGGCCACAGCAGGCAGAGCGGUGGAGCAGGCAGUAGCAGCAGCAGCACAGGCGGCAGGAGUAGCGGAUGGGGCAGCGGAUGGGGCAGCUGAGGGGGUGAGGAGGAGGGCAGGAGGGAGGCCGCGGGUGGCAUUCAGAUGCGUCAAUGCGGCGGAGGAGGCACUCCCUGCUGCCAGUGCUGACACCAUGCUGUGUCUGAGUGUAACAAAGUGGGUGCACCUCAACUGGGGGGAUGCCGGCCUCAUCGCCUUCUUUGCCAACAUCUUCCAAACUCUGCGCCCUGGAGGGGUGCUCAUUCUCGAGCCACAGCCGUGGAGCUCGUACAAGAAGAAACAAGGGCUCACGCAGGAGAGCAAGGAGCACUACAGCCGCAUCAAGAUCUUCCCCUCGCAUUUUCGAGAGCUGCUCCUCGACAAGAUUGGCUUCCAGCGCGUGGAGGAGCUCACUACUGCAGUCUCAGCCACCCGUGGCUUUGACAGGCCCCUCUUUGCAUACUACAAGUAG